AUGGUCGCGGGGCGGCGGGCGAGGGCGAGCGGGCAGCGGGCGGGCCGGGGGGGCGCGGCCGGCACCGCCCCCGCGGCCGGGGGGAGCGGGGCCGGGGGCCGGGGCGGGGCUGCGGCCGGCGCCGGGACCGAUGCUCGGUGCCCGGGCCCGGGGCCGCUCGGCCGCUGGAGACGGGUGCGGGCGGUCCCGGGACUGCUGCGGGGCGCCGGCCCGGCCCGGCCCGGCCCGGUGGAACUGCGGAGCGGGCGGUGCCGGAGCCUCCCCUGCCCGCUCGGAUCGCGCGGGGCAGAGGCGCGGCGGGGCCCGGCCAUCCGUGCGGCCGCCCCGGUGCCCCCACCGGAGGCCGGGAGCGGCCGGGAUUGGGUUAUCAACCUUUCUGCAGCAAGAUUUGAAGCAGCCAGAUUCCAGCUUAGAUCAAAGUCCCUAGGACUCGCUUGUGAUUUCCAAUGGAGUAUGGCACAUUGCAAAGCGUGGUGGGAGCAGACAAUGCUUGUGCUGAUAGCAGAGGCUGAAGUGUCUCCUGUCAUGGAAAAGAUGAACAAGCCAGUUCCACACCAGCUUUCUUUUCUGAGACUUGGGGUCAGCAAACAUGUAAGACAGGUACACUCACUUCUGACUGACAACACUUCUCAAAGACUCACUCUGCAGCCCUUGGAGCCUGCUUCACCAGCGCUGGGAGCAUGGCCAUGGUGUGGGGUGAGUGCUGCAGAGGAGUCACUGGCUCUGGGUGUUGCUGGUAUCACAUGAACUCUGCAGUGGGGGAGGAAGGACCUGAGCUUUUGAUUUCUGAAGGAUAUUGCUCUGAUAAAUAAAGAAAAUAUUUAACUA